AUGCUAUCUUCAAAUUUGAAUCAAAAGUUAUUAAAAACAUUAUGGAAUUCUAUUGUUUUAAAUAAACAAUUUUUAAGAAAUGGUCAACAUCAAUCAAAUAUUCUUAAUAAUUAUGCAAAUAUAUAUCGACCUGAAAUUGAAAGUGAACUUGAAUAUUUGGCUGUACAAACAAGUAGAAAUAAAUCAUUACAAAUUGAUUAUGAAAUAGAACAACAACGUAAACGAAAACGUACUAUUCGAUAUCAUAUUCUACGACGUAAAUAUAUAGCAAAUCCAAAUGAUAUUAAAAUAGAUCCAUAUAUUAAAAAUCAUAUGCAAUUUUUACAUAAAAAUUAUCCAAAACGUUGGACAAUAGAUAUGUUAGCAGAAAGUUUUAAUUAUUCUAUUGAAAAUGUUCGAUUAAUUUUACGACAACGUACAAAACGUCGUAUGCAAGUUCGAUCACGUUCACCAUCAUCAUUAUUUAAUAUUAAAGAUGAAGAAGAACGUGAAAAAAUUAUACGUGAACAUAUUAUUAAAAGAGAUUUAAAUAUUAGUAAAAAUUCUGAAUUCGAAAAUGAUGAUGAUCCAGUUGAUUAUCAAGUAUUAGCUGAAGAAAGUAAUCUUGUACCACGACAACGUCCAACUGAUGUUUAUAUGGAAAGAUAUAACGAUGGUUUCUUCUCAAAUAUCAUUUCAUCAUCAUCCGAUGAUGAUAAUCAACAAAAUGAACGUGAUGAAUCAAUAAAGAAAAAAAAAUUUUUAACUUCUUCAUCAACUUUACUUGAUCGUAUUACUAAACUUCGUCUUAAUACAAAUUCAACUAAUGACACGUAUUCAUAUGAUCAAAAUUCAGAACUUUAUAAUAAACGUAUGAAAAUUAUUAAAAAAAUGCAACAAACAAAUGAUUCUAUUGUUGAAAUAAAUGAACGAAAACAAAAAUUUCUUGAAAAAUUAUCAUUUAAAAAAUAA